AUGCCAUCCUUACCACCAGUCAUCGCCUGGGACUAUCAAUUCGCUCCAAAUGCGCAAAAAUCUCGGAACUAUCUCUACGCAACCAAAACGCCUUUCAAGGUCUGCGAACAGCCAUUCUUCAUCCCACGCCCAAUCCUUCGAAAUCUGGGAAUCACAUACCGUCGCGUCCCAGUCCUGAGCAUAGGCAAAGAUGUCUUCCCCGACAACGCGAGCUUCAUCGAAGCCAUGCAAAGCCUGCUUGAGCAGCAAGGCAAAGCGCUCAAAACAUCUCCAGCCGAUCGAUCAUUUGAAGCCUGGGGAUACCGAAGUUUCUGGGUAGCUUUACCCUGCGUGCCCGUCGACUUCAAUAACAAGCAAUUGCAGAACGAUCGCAAAGACCUCUUUCCGCUUUUCGGCAGAGCAGACUACAGCAGAUUGCAGACCAAUGCUGCUUCCGAGCUGAGGUCUUUGAUCGAAACGGUUGAGAACGACUUCCUAUCGCAAGGACCUUGGAUCGCCGGACAAGAAUGUGGUUUGGCAGAUAUUCAUGCCAUGUGGAUGUUGAAAUGGGCGAUGAAGACUUUGGAUAUGGAGAAGCAGCCGGGUCUUGGCAGAGAUGAGUGGCCUAAGUUUUAUCACUGGAUCGAAAGCAUCCCCCACCACGCCCCCGAACUCGAGCAAAACGACAAAAUCAACGAACAAGAGGCCCGCAACCUCCUUUUCGCCUCCGAAUACGCUGUCCCACAUGUCGGCAUCGAUCCCAAAGAUCCUUUGCAAUACAAGGCUGGAGACGAACUUUACGUUGAGCCUACAGACGCCGAGCCCGGUCAACAUCCUCAGCAUGGCAAGCUUGUGGGAUUGAAUACGAAUAAGGUUGUUAUUGAGCUUGAGAAUGGGUUGAGAGUGCAUUUUCCAAGAAUCGGGUAUAUAAUUCAUCGAUCGGCGGAUUUGCCGGUCAAGGGUGUGGUUGAGAAAGUCAUGGAUAAGGUGGGAUUGGGGCAGUCGAGUAGUGUGAGUGCGAUUUAG